AUGGCCUCAGAUCUUCCGCCGAUUGUCGCCAGACAUGGUGGUCUUGAGGUAGAUGAGGACGAUUGCGGCUAUGUGUGGCAAAUCCCAGCCGCGGAAAGGUGCGAAUGGACGAAGAAAACGUCGGACUGUCUUACGGACGCGGCAAUACAGUACAUACCUAGUUUGUUCUGCGAAUUUUCAUCGGAGCACACAGCAUUAAUCACUCUUGGAAUUAUUCUGUACAUGUUGUGGCUCCUUUACUUGUUCCUCAUCCUGGGAACUACCGCCGACAAUUUUUUUUGCCCUGCUCUAAGUAUUAUCGCCGAGGUAAUGCACCUCUCGGACAACAUCGCCGGGGUGACGAUCCUCGCCUUUGGCAACGGAGCACCCGACAUCUUUACAGCCCUCGUCGCGCCCGCCGAGGAGACGGUGGUCAUGUUCAACGAGCUCAUUGGCGCCGGGGUCUUUGUUACCACGGUUAUAGCCGGUUCCAUAGCCGUCGUCCAGCCGUUCAGAGUAAGGUUUCGCCCGUAUAUCCGCGACACGAUGUUUUACAUCGGUGCCGUGUGCUGGAUAGCCUACGUUACAGGUGACGAGUCCGUCCACGUGUGGGAAGCCAUGAGUCUCAUUUUCGUCUACAUCGGAUUUAUCGUGGUUGUUGUCAUGGGGCAGGUGAUUGACAGCAGAAGAAACGUGACGGAAGGUCGAAUACCGAGCCUGUACGACCGAACCGUGCUGAAAACUUACUUGGAUAAUCGGGACGAAACUCUCAUCCCACGGCUACCCACACGCGCCAAAGCUGUCGGAUUACAAUCAAAACUGGACAUCGUGUUGGACGUCGAGCGGAAGAAUGUCUUGGCCAAGGACGAUACGAUGCAGGAAGCGAACGUCGACGAAGGUGCUUCUCGCCGACCCCACGGACUCUUUCGAGAAUUCGUUUUUGACGUCUCCCCCAUAAACAUGGAGGACUGGUCGGAGGCUUCAAAGUUGUCGCGCGUUUACAUAGUCCUUCGAGCGAUCCCUAUGGUCUUCCUCCAGUUCCUGAUUCCCGUAGUGAAUCAGACCGCGGCGAAACGAGGCUGGUCGAAGCUCCUCAACUGCACCCAGCUCUGCGUAACGCCCGUCGCCAUUACCUUUCUAUUCGGCGGUAAUGAUGAUCUACUCUCAAAACGAAGGAGUCACGAGUCGAAUGGAAGACCGAUUUGGUCGUACUCUAUUGGACCCAUUCCCUUGUACGGAUUGGCUUUGGUGGUCGGGAUCAGCACCGGGGUGUUCGCUUUCUUCGCAACUGAUUUGGACAGAAUUCCGAAGUAUCACAACGCAUUCGCGUUCCUGGGAUUCUUCGCAGCGAUGGCAGUUGUAUAUUUGAUAGCUCAGGAAGUCUACUCGGUUCUCCACACAAUAGGGACCGCUUUGACAAUAUCCGACAGCACUUUAGGAAUGAUGUUUCUUGCAUGGGGAAACAGCAUCGGUGACCUCAUAUCAAACGUGGCGAUAGCAAGACGGGGCUAUCCGCGAAUGGGGUUCGCCGCCUGUUUCGGAGGGCCGUUGUUCAACACCCUCCUGAGCAUGGGUCUGACCUACGGACUCGCUGCGGCGAAACAUGACAACCUGCGAACUCACGUAAGAUCCAGCGCCAUGGGCCCCGGGUGCAUAGCCUUUCUGCUGUGCUCACUUAUGGCCUCGGCCUUUUACCUUACCACAACCAGUUACCUCGCCCGACGAUCCUACGGCUUCAUGCUCUACAGCAUUUACUUCAUGUUUAUGGUGAUAUGCAUCCUUAGCGAGAUUGGUUUCAUUCACCCCCUGGGAAUAGAUGGGGCUAGUGUUCAGGCCUAA